UUGCAGUUACUUGUAUAUACUUUCAAUCACGCCACGGUUCCAGAAGGCAAUGAGGGAUGAAAAGCUACGAGCGGCUCUUCUGCUUACCACAUCCAAUCUAUCCGAGGGCUUAGCAACCCCAUAAAUAUGGGAUUCUCACUGCUGGCUGUAGAUCAGAACGGCGCAACCAUGCUCGUCUUAAACAAUCUUGCACGCACUGCACCAUCGGCAAGAUGCAUGCUCCGACGCGCAUUUGCAUCUUCAACGUCUUCCCAGCCGCUCAAGCAAACCGCUUUACAUGACUUCCAUGUGAAGAAUGGAGGCAAGAUGGUUGAGUUUGCUGGGUGGGCCAUGCCCGUUCAGUACUCUUCCCUUGGUGUACUAGCCUCGCACAUGUGGACCCGUCAAAAGGCAUCCCUUUUCGAUGUCUCCCACAUGUUGCAAACACGGUGGACCGGAAAGGACCGGACAAAGUUCCUUGAAUCUCUUGUGGUUGCCGAUGUAGAGGGCCUUCCCGUCGGAUCAUCAACGCUUUCCCUUUUUACCAAUGAGAAUGGAGGGAUUAUUGAUGAUACUGUUGUUAACAAGCAAGAUGACAAGGGGUUUUAUGUGGUGUCCAAUGCAGGAUGUGCUGAAAAGGAUCUUGCCCACAUUCGUGCACACUUGAAAAAGUUUCAGGACCGUGGAGGAGAUGUGGACGUUAAGGUGUUGGAGGACGUCUCGUUGGUGGCUUUGCAAGGACCUUCUGCUGCUCAGGUUAUUUCGGCGUUGAGUGGGCAGGAUCUUGCGUCGUUUGGCUUUAUGAGUGGUCGGUGGAUGGAUAUUAAGGGCAUUCCUGUGUAUAUAUCCAGGUGUGGGUACACUGGUGAAGAUGGAUUUGAGAUCUCAGUGCCGCAUGAGGAGGUCGUACGCUUUUCAGAGAUGCUCUUGGAUCACCCAGAUGUGGAGCUCGCUGGUCUUGGGGCGCGUGAUAGUUUACGGUUGGAGGCAGGUCUUUGUCUGUACGGCCAUGACCUAGAUGACACCGUGACUCCCGUGGAGGGUGGCUUGACCUGGACGAUCGGCAAGCGACGACGUGAGGAGGGCGGUUUUCUUGGGGCUGACAAGAUCAUCCCCCAAAUCGGCAAGGCUGUCCCAAGACGACGAGUUGGUCUUGUAGUUGAAGGGGCUCCAGCGCGAGAAGGCGCGGAAAUCUUCAAUGCCGAGGGAGAGUCCAUUGGUAAAAUUACCAGCGGCUGCCCAUCCCCUGUUCUUAAAAAGAACAUUGCUAUGGGUUAUGUAAAGAACGGAUUCCAUAAGCAGGGUACCGAACUUCAAGUAAAGGUGCGCAACAGGAUGCAGAAAGCAAAGAUUACAAAAAUGCCGUUUGUGCCCCAAAACUAUUACCGCGGCGCAUGAAGCUCUUCGACUAGGCAUACUAAUUGUGAUCAGGCUUGAGAAACUAGUGAUAGACGAAGACACAGAUAUAGUACGAGUUCCUGAGAUAUAUAGUUAGUAAUGUCGCGGCAUUCGACAACCUGUCGAUUGACUAUUGUUCCAUUGGCUGUCUUGAUGGCAUUAUAGAUAUGAUCAAGAUUCCCGAACUUGAGAUAACAUUGGUGAUUUCGUCAACUGGUUAAUCAAAGUAAAUAGCACGAAAAUGAUGUCCAGCCGACUCAUUCCC